AGAGAAGAGCCAUCCACAGACUCCCCAUGCUGACAGACACUCCUACCCAAACAGCCCCUCUCUUCUGCGGACGUUGAAGUGUCUCUGCGCGCUGACAGGAUGGAUUUCUUGGACCGUGGUUACUCUCCGUAUGACUACACCUUUAAUUUCUGGAACGACUACCUCGGCCUGUCCACACUUGUGGCUAAAAAUAAGAUCCACAGUCCAUCCUGUAGUCCUAACUCCAUAACUGAGUCUCUAAAAGCGACGCUGGGCUUGGAGGAUGACUCCUCGGAUUGCUCGUGCGUAAUUGGGCACGCUGACGGACACUUGGAGUGCUGCUGCGCAGCCCCGGGCUCUCCUCCGAUCUCCAUCUACGACCUGAAGGAGCGAAUGUCUCUGCUCAGGCCGUAUGAACACCUUUCCAGCGAUUCCCCGCUCGGAGACAGAGAUUCGCCUUCUUACAGAGGGAGCUACACCGGCCUCGACCUGCUCUCCAUGGAGAGGAGGCGCAAACAGACUCAAAGAAGCAAGCCUGAGCCCAAAGUGUGCGUCUUCUGUCGGAAUAACGGCGCCCCAGAGGAGGUUUACGGCACCCACAUCCUAAAGACAGCGGACGGGAGGGUGCUGUGCCCCAUCCUGAGAGCGUACACCUGCCCUCUCUGCAGUGCCAACGGGGACAACGCGCACACCAUCAAGUACUGCCCGCUGUCCAAAGACCAGGCGAGCCAGAGAGUGGCCAAGGGGGGCAGAGCGAUCGGGAAGAGGCUGAAAAUCUUCUGAAGGAAGCAGCACUGGAAACUACAGAGGAGCUCUGGGGUAAGGCAGGGAGAAGGAACGAUGAGAGGAGGGAGGGAUUUUCUGUGAGGCACUACAGUCGAAACGUUGAGGGGGAAAAGUCAGAAUGCUGCGAAAAAAGACUAAAAAUAGAGACAAAGUUACGUUUUUUUAAUAAAGUCACGCUGAAACUGUACUUUAACAUCGUUCUGGACUUUUUCCUCAACAUUGUCUUCAAUUGUUUGAAAUAAAAGUUAAUAAAGAAGUCAAAAUCUCAUGACAAAAGUUGUUGAGAAAGGUCAAAUGCUACAGAAAAAAUUCUAGAUAUGGAGGAAAAAUUCAAAAUAUUAAGGGGAAAAAUAAAAAUGUUGAAAAAAUAGUCAAAAUGUUGAGUAAAUAGUUUAAAUAUUGAGAAAAAAAAUCAAAAUAUUGAAGAAUAAAGUAUAAAUGUUUACAAAAAAUCAAAUUGUGAAGGGAAAAUGACAUUAAUAUUGAUGAAAAUAGGUUUACAAUUUUGAAGAAAAAUCUAAAUAUUGAGCAAAAGGUUUUAAAAAUCCAGUAAAAAGUCCAAAUAUUGAGAAAAAGAUCAUAAUGUUGGGGGAAAAAAUACUGAGGGAAAAUUUUCUGAGAAAAUGUAAA